AUUUUAUUGUAUUUGUUUUUAUUUCUUACAGCUAGGAAAACAGCUGUUUUCCUUCUCGUCGAUCACCUUGGAACUACUGAACUAUCAAUUAGUAGUGCUAAGUAAAAGCAUCGUAAUAUGCAGAAUCCAUAGCUUUUUAGAGCACUUAUGUUUGGAACAGAUACUGCCAAGGAAGAUAUACUUUUCAUAAAGGAAAGAGAAAAUUGUGAUAAGAUGUUGAACAAGGCUGCUUAUCUAGAAAACUUGCAGUGGUUACUAAAUGAAGAGCUGCCACCUAUACCUGCAGGAUGUAUGGUAUGUAUAUAUGUGGCCCUUUCCACCCAUUUUAGGUUCAGGAAGAUGUCCAAACUUCUGUAUUCUUUUCAUUCCUACAGCAUUAACUGAAUGUGUGCACAGUAAGUGUUCUUCAACAGCAAAGGUACAGUGCUCCAGGAACCUUUAGUUUUGCUGUGAGGCCAGCUGUGGGGCAUCCCCAAAAAAUGAGAGUGACAGAAUCCAGUUGCCUUACUCACUAUGUGCACUUCCCUGUGAUCUUUGGACAAGAGUGCAAAAUGAGGUUUUGAGCUGUCCUUUGGAAGCCUACCAUAAAGAACAGGGUAGUCAGCAUGGUCCCAGGUGCUUGCUUGGAAACAGUUGUACAGAAAUUCUCAAAUUCUUUUCUUCCCGAAGCACUGUGAUAUACUAUAGAGCUGCAGCUUAAGUCUAUGCAGUACCUGGUACAAGGGACCUCAUAUUUUUCAGUCUCAAACUGACUGCCUUACACACUUGCAAGUCAAGCUGUGAGCAAGUGGGGAAAAAAUGUAAAUUCUGCCUUAUGGUAGCAUAAAUUGUGGUAAUGCUGACACAUGGCCACACAGCUGAAAACUAGCAGGCACAGCAGAAUUGUUUAAGCAAGGUCAGAGUGCGUGGCAUUUAUAAUAACUUAAAGAUCAGUCUGCUUCUGUAGUUUUUGCAGUAUAUUAUGUUCUCUCCCAUCCAUGAAGAAGUGAUUUGUUGUUCUUAACUAAUCUUAACACAUCUUGUAAGUCUUAAGUUUUGGGUCAGUAUUGGACAGUGGGUCAGAACAUUAUGAAAUGAGGACUCGGGCUUGUUGCUUCUUGUGACUGAACUGCAUUUCCUGGCCCCUCAGAUCAGGUAGUCCUGUCUGCCUGGCUACAGUCAGUUACAGCCUUAGCUGGGUGAGAAGGGUAUGGAUCUACUGGGCAGGUAGGCUGAAUAUAAGGAGCAAUGAGAAUAAUUUAUUUGGUAAGGUGGACUCCAUAAGCAUAUAUCUUGGCUGGUGGCAUGGGAUUGACUCUGUCUUAUAAAGAACUGAUGCAAGGAGAGGCUGAUAGACAUGAAAAAAACUCCCUUAUAUCAUCUGUUGGUGGUGGGAAGGAAAUCAAAGAGCCAGGCAGACUUGCUAGUUGGUUGGAUCUCUGUAUUUUACCUUUGUAAAAUGAUGAUUCCUGAUUUCAAAGAGAGGUAAUUGGGGUAAAAAAUUUAGUUCCUUUCGGCUGCAUCUUUCAACUUCUUGAGAAGAAUGUAGCACUGCGUGAGAUAGGUAUGCAACUUCAUGCAUCUACAUAAAGGUGCCUCUAUUUUUUUGAAGAGUUUGUUUCGAAAUUAUGCAAUACUUAGUUUGAGAAUGCUUUUUUGUCCUCUGCAAGUAAUCAGAUGUUCAUGUUUUUGAUUACAUAGACACAAAUACUCAGCUAUAAGAUUCUUAACAAGAGCAGGGAUAAGAAGGAGAAAUGGGCACCUAAAUCCUUACAGUAGCUGUGUUUUUUUCUUUCGUGUUUCAUGCCUAAUCUAUGUGAGCAUCCCCCCUCUCCACUCAAAAUUCAGAUCAUUCGCGAUCCUGUGAGUAGCUUAUUAGGUUUUGGUUUUGAUCCUAAUUCUCUGUAGCUGAGGAGUCCAUCAGUUCAAAAAGUACAUUUGUAAUUGCUUCUUCUCUAAUCAUUAGAAAGUACCUACCAUCUCGCGGUUGGAGGUGGUACUGCAGAUGCCUCAUUUCUCUUGAAAAUGGAGCAAGACAGUGGGAAUGAGCACACUUGCAGCUGUGGAGACUCAGCGGGGAGAUCCAAAGGGAUCCACACUUUGGUGCAGCCGGAUCAGUGAAUCUCUGAAUACGCUCUGAGAAAGGUCAACAGAACUGACAGACUUGAACUGGAGGAGUGAAGAUGAUGUCCUUGGAUGGACUGCAGAAGAAAAUCAGUAACCCGGUCAUUCCUUAUGUUGGGACAAUUCAUGGUGGUCUUGUUCCUGGAGAGCUGAUUGUGAUACAUGGGAGUGUUCCUGAUGAUGCAGACAGGUUCCAGGUGGAUUUACAGUGUGGCAGUAGCGUAAAGCCUCGAGCUGAUGUGGCCUUUCAUUUUAACCCCCGCUUCAAAUGGUCUGGCUGUGUUGUUUGCAACACCCUGGAGAGAGAAAAAUGGGGCUGGGAAGAAAUCACUCAUGAGAUGCCUUUUCAAAAAGGGAGGCCAUUUGAGAUUGUAAUCAUGAUUUUAAAGGAUAAAUUCCAGGUGUCUGUAAACAAGAAGCACUUGCUGCUCUACAAUCACAGAAUUAACCUUGAAAGGAUAGAUACUCUUGGAAUAUAUGGCAAAGUGCAGAUCAAAAGUAUAGAGUUUGUUUCUAAUUCUGUACAAGGCUCUCAGCCAUCAUCUGUAGGAGUAACAAAGAUAAACACAGAAAAUGGGGAAAUGCCAGAUGGUUUGCAAUUUGGAGUUCCUUAUGUUGGGAAACUUGUUUCUGCACUUCAUCCAGGAUGCACAGUUGCUAUUAAAGGAGAAGUGAAUAAAAACCCAAAGAGCUUUACAAUAAACCUGAAAUCAAGUGACUCAAAAGACAUUGCAUUACAUCUGAAUCCCCGACUGAAGAAUAAAGUCUUUGUAAGAAAUUCUUACCUUCAUGACAGCUGGGGAGAAGAAGAAAAGGAAAUCACUAAUUUCCCUUUCAGUCCGGGGAUGUACUUUGAGCUGAUCAUUUUCUGUGAUGCCCACCAGUUCAAAGUUGCUGUUAAUGGUGUUCACACCCUGGAGUACAAGCAUCGUUUUAAACAACUUGAAAAGAUCAACCUCCUGGAAGUCAUAGGAGAUGUUCAGUUAUUAGAUGUGAGGAGCUGGUAGUUCUUUUCAGUCAGUACUAAAUGAAUUAAACCUACUCUUACAACAGUUCUGUCAAGUACAAACAAACCAACUCAUGCUGAGCCUGCCUUUAUUUAUCCAGGCUUCUGUGACAGUCUGAGUUAGGCGAGUACCAGAACUGCUGAGAGAUUGAAUCCUCCACUAGUUUCCAGUAUUCUGGCAAGCUAAAUGUCUGCUCAGAUAAAUCACCUGCGUUACUGAACCUAGCAAUAUGAAAAUGGUGCAUCGUACUGUGUCUUAACAAUUGUGCUCAGUAUGAUUAACUACUACUAGUCAGUCAUUCCUUAAGUGUACAUUCAAAAAGUGAAGUAGAAAUUAGUCUGAAAUAGAAUAUGAAGAUAUGUCUAUCCUGAAAGGGUGAUGGACCAGUCAUAAAGUAAUUAUAAAAUAUAUUCUGCUUGAUUUAUACUAGUGUUUAUAACAUUUUUGUCAUGACUGGUUUUAAAAAAAAAACAACUGACUCAUCAGUUCUCAUGGAAGGCAAGGAGGUAUGUGAGCAACUUCUUAGCCUGCUGCUGCAAUAGUACCUUCUCUGACUCCUCGGUGUGUCAUCUCCUGCUCAUAAGUGGCUUAAAUCAAACACAGAUCAGUAUUUCUAGCUUAUAGUUUUCCAAAGUGAAACAAAUGAAAAUAAUUUAGCUGGUUCUAAUGCAUGGACUUCGGAAUGCUUAUUUGAUCAGAAAUGGUUCCCAGUGUAUUGAGAUUGCUCAGGGACUAAAGUAGAUGUCUGUUUUUCAUUUUAAAAUAUACGAACCUAAAUACCCUGAGUUGAGGCUCAGAGAUUCUCAUCAGUAGAAUAGAGAAUAAAUCCUUUUGCAGUCUUGCAUUAAAAUGCUAGUUAAAAAAAGCCGUUCCUACUCUAUCAGUUUUCCUUACAACUGUCAGUCUUAAUUUUUAUAUAUGCUUAUUUUUAAAAAUAAGUAAGUUGCUGCUGGCUGUCAGUGCUUGUCUGAGGGUUGUUUCUAUUCAUUUUAACAGCUACUGAAGGAGUGAAAGUUCUGAGAAUAAAAUAUACCUGAAAAGCUGUUAAAGGUAAACUACCACAUUAAGUGUAUAAAAAGCAUAAAUAAAAAUAACAUGUGAACUAUGCUUUUCUCCAGAUGUAGUUAAAUAGUUACAAUCCCUUUGGCCUGCUUUGUGUCAUUUUGCUUACUGACUUAUCUGUUUCUCCAAGGUGGCCCUGACUUGAGGCCCAUUUCCACUCUGAGUUACAGACCUGUAGAGCAGUCACUGUGUGUAGGCCUGCACCUUAGCUGUGCCACACAUAUGGCCUGGCCUUCAUGUGCUGUCCUCUAAGGAUAAACUGAACUGGCUGAUUGGAACAGAGAAGCCUGUAGGCAGCUCCCACUAG